GUCUCCAAUUCACUAACAUAACACCAACAACAUCUCAUCUCACUAAUUUUUUAGUGUUCUUGUCUAGAAGAAGCAAUGGCCACUUCAGCAAUCCAACACUCUACUUUCUCCGGCCAAACGGCUCUAAAGCCAUCCAACGAUCUCCUCCGCAAAGUUGGAUCCUCCAACGGCGGUGGUCGUAUCGUCAUGCGUCGUACCGUCAAGUCUACUCCUCAGAGCAUCUGGUACGGACCAGACCGUCCCAAAUACCUAGGACCAUUCUCGGAAAACACACCAUCAUACCUAACAGGAGAAUACCCUGGAGACUAUGGCUGGGAUACAGCCGGUCUCUCCGCUGAUCCAGAAACAUUCGCAAAGAACCGUGAGCUCGAAGUAAUCCACAGUAGAUGGGCAAUGUUGGGUGCUUUGGGCUGCACCUUCCCGGAGAUCCUCUCCAAAAACGGAGUCAAAUUCGGUGAAGCCGUGUGGUUCAAGGCGGGAUCUCAGAUCUUCUCAGAAGGAGGGCUUGACUACCUCGGAAACCCUAACUUGAUCCAUGCGCAAAGCAUAUUGGCUAUAUGGGCAUGUCAAGUUGUGCUCAUGGGANACAACUGA